GAAAAGCAUAUGAGGGACCUUCCACCAGGAAAGUGACACAGUUCACCUUUGAGGGACGACAGGUGAUCUUUGGCACCUGGAAGUUCUUGGAAUUCCAGCGUUUUUCUCCUCAGGCUGCAGCCUCCUCCUCCUCCUCCUCCUCUCACCAGUGCAGGCGAGGAACAGUUCAUCUCAAAGAAAAACAAUAUCUAGAUUUACUAAAGAUGAAAAACUCACUCAGAAGUCCCGGUGUGCUUCUGGUCCUCUGGUAUCUUCUGAAAAUACAGAACUGUAGAGGACAGGCUCUGAUUGGCUCGUCUCAGCCAAUAAUCAGCAGAGUCGGUGAUGAUGUCACUUUGCCAUGUUUUUUUCAAACUCCCAGAGAUGCUGCAGCUUUAACUUUCGAGUGGACCCGGCCAGACCUGCAGCCCAGAUUUGUUUAUGUUUGGCGAUCCUUUGAGGAACUGAGAGAUCUAAAAAACCCACAAUUUGACGACCGGACUUUCCUGUACCAAGACGAGUUGAAAAAGGGAAACAUUUCACUGAAACUGACAAAUGUGAAAGCAAAGGACAGUGGAGUUUACAGGUGCUUCUUUCCUGCACUGAGAAAAGAAACCUCCAUCAGACUAAUUGUUGCCUCGUCGUCUCCAGUGGUGGUGUCUGUAGCGUCGGUGGAUGUGUGGGGUUCGGGUGUGGUCCUGCAGUGUGCCUCUGGGGGCUGGUUUCCGGAGCCUGAGCUGUGGUGGCUGGACUCUGAGGGAGCGCUGCUGUCUGUGGAGCACUCUGUGUCUGUGUCUGAUGGACUCUAUGAGGUCAGCAGCAGAAUGAGUGUGGAGCAGAGCGGCACCUUCAGCUGCACCGUGAACCAGAGCUCCACCAACCUCUCAGAGAAGAACAGUGUGCAGGUGGAAGAUUAUUUUAAUGGAGUGAAGAUUUUUCCAGUUUUCAUCGUCUUAACUGUUGGAUUGGUUGUUUUUGCUGGAGCUGCCAUCAUUUUGUUGUUGUUUCUCCUUCGUGCAACUAAACAGAAAACCCAAACUGAUGAACCCAAGCUGGAAGAACCUACCUGUAAUGACAUGGAUGAAGAGACGCCUUCAAAGGAAGAAUUGAACACAUACAUCACAUCUGCUGAAGAGGAGAAUAAAAUCUUAAAGACUAAACUGGAAGAAUUGAACACACGCAUCACAUCUGCUGAAGAGGAGAAUAAAACCUUAAAGACUAAACUGGUCAAAGAAAUUAAGCUGCAGCAAGAGAUCCAGUCAACGAGAACAUUAUCUCCUGUAAUCAUAGACAGUUUUCACCAGUACGGCACAUAUGUCCGUCUGAAAACACAAGAGUGUGUAAACCUUAGAAAGUGGAGCCUCCACAUUGAGGUGGACAAUGAUAAAGCUCUCAUCUACACAUUUGAGCAUUCUUUAACCCUGAGGAACUCAGGCGACACUGUGACUAUUUAUGCUCAAGGUCAUUGUCCAUCAGAUCCAAGUUUUCGCUUUGAGAAGGAAUGGGAGAACCAGACUCGAUGGAACACUGGCAAAAUAGCCUUUGUUUCUCUCUAUGACGACACAAAUACGUUGAAGGACAGGAUAUGUGAGCGGAUGUUCCCUACCCCACACUGAAAAAUAAAAAAGGUCACUGGAUUUGCGUAAAAAAAAAAAAAAAGAUGGAAAGUAGUUGUAUGUAAUACAGUUAUGUUUAUUAUGUUUGAAACUUCUUUCCUCUCUACACAUUUUUUUUUUCAGAACAUGACUUUUUCAUAUUGAUGAAAUUUGAUGAAAUCAUGCUGAAUAUGCAUAUUUAUCUUAUGUUACCUUAUCAUGAUUUUUUUUUCUUUUUUAUGGUUUUAUUUUUUUAUGUAUAAUAUAA